AUGCGGACUGAGGGGUCGUUCAGUUAUACGUGGAAACGGAAGUCAACACUGCUUUACAUAGCGUUCACUCAAUACAGGCAUAGAGGUAUUGACAUUAACCAUAAGAACGACCGCAAAGUGCGGCGAACGGCGCCGAAGAGCAAAGAUCCCUAUUUGUUGCUUUUGGUUCGCUUGUACCGAUUCCUCGCCCGAAGGACUGGACAGAAGUUCAACAAAAUCGUAUUGAAGCGACUCUUUAUGAGUAAAAUAAAUCGUCCGCCGAUUUCUCUCAACCGAUUGAAAAUCCAAAUGAGUUCAGCCGAUAGGGCGGGAAAGAUAGCGGUAGUGGUCGGAGCCAUCACUGAUGACGUGCGCAUGUAUUCGGUGCCCAAACUCACUGUAUGUGCUCUUCGUAUGACUCGCAGUGCGAGGGCUCGCAUACUGAAGGCCGGCGGAGAAGUGUUGACAUUCGACGAGUUGGCCGUCCGGUCGCCCAGAGGUGAGAACACUGUCCUCCUUCAGGGCCCGCGUAACGCUCGCGAGGCGUGCAAACACUUCGGCCGCGCGCCCGGUGUGCCCCACAGCCACACCAAACCCUAUGUCCGCUCGAAGGGCCGCAAGUUUGAGAGAGCCAGAGGUCGUCGCGCCAGUCGUGGAUACAAGAACUGAUCGCACGGUUUAUAAGUUAAUAAUUGAAUGUUUGAAAUAAAGCCGAUUCGUAAAAAAAA